GUUAUGUUAUUCUUGAACUUCGAAAGUUUUGAACAUGUGGACUUGAACUUAAGUGAGAUUUUUUCAACUGCAACACUCUAUACUCCUCUUAAUCUUUAUGAAAAAGUCACAAAAUGGGGAAAACCAAGAAAGCCAAACGUUUUGCUCAGCAAAAAUUUGCCGUCAUGAAGAAAAUGAUCAGUACCAGUGACUCACGCAUAAAAGAAUCUGACCGAGGACCUCCUAAGAAAAAGAGAAGAGAAGAUCCAGAGGAAAUGAAAGUUCAUGAAGCGCCUCAAUAUUCCUCAGCACUGUUCUUCCAAUACAACACACAAUUAGGACCUCCGUAUCAUAUACUAUUGGAUACCAACUUUAUCAACUUCUCAAUAAAAAACAAACUUGACAUCAUUCAGAGCAUGAUGGACUGCCUUUAUGCUAAAUGUAUACCAUACAUUACAGACUGUGUUGUUGGCGAGCUGGAGAAAUUAGGACGAAAAUAUCUUGUCGCUUUGAAGAUAAUCAAUGAUCCACGGUUUGAAAGAAUAACUUGUCUGCACAAAGGGACCUAUGCUGAUGACUGCUUGGUUCAAAGAGUGACGCAGCAUAAGUGUUACAUUGUUGCAACCUGUGAUAAAGACUUGAAAAGGAAAAUCCGGAAAAUUCCUGGAGUUCCAAUUAUGUAUAUCUCACAGCAUAGGUAUGCCAUUGAAAGAAUGCCGGAUGCAUACUCUGCCUAGAUCAGUACAGGAUCAUUCAACGAAUCUUCUGAACUUAAAAAAAUAUUAAAAAGGAAUAGUUUGUAUCUAUUUAAUUUUGUACACUGUAAAUAUCAUGUUUUAUUUUAAUUAAACCAAGCAAUUACCUAAUUUUCA